AUGACUAUCAUGCCAACCGUAGGAGAAGGUGAUGCCAACAACAAUUCAAUCGACGAGGAACAAUAUGGUAAUCCGGAUAAAUUGUCAGAAGACGAACGUGAGCAAAUCAAGGAACAAUUUGACACUGCUUUUUCUGCUGGUGCAGAGAAGGCAGAAGGAUUAGUCGAAACUGAGUAAUUUUUAUUGUUUCUAAGGUUCACAAACUGCUAGGAGUCUGCGAUUGCUCUAAAAUUAACUUUCUUAGGGCAAAAUUUACAUUCUUCCGAGCACAAACCUCCAGCUCUCUUUUCUCUAAUUAGCUCAAAAUGUUUUUCAAUGAAAAUUAAAGUUCAUAAUAUAAGGCAGAUUCCUAACAGUUAGAACCAUUUUUUGUUUCUUUUUUGUUCUUUUUCAAUAAAUUUUUGUGAAAAAAAUGUGUUUUUGAUUUGAAAAAAGUCUGGGGAAAUGAUCAAAAAAUGGUGAAAAAUUGGUGGGAAAAAGUUGAAAAAUUGACCAAAAAAUGGUGAAAAAUUUUUUGGUGCAUUUUUGGUCAAUUUUUGUUCAAAAUUUUUUUGACCAAAAAUUGACCAAUUUUUGGUCAAACUCCCAGGACCAGUGUUGCUGCUAGAUCCUAGUCGAGGAACAUAUUCUAUAUGUUUUCCGCAGUUUUUAACACUCAAUUUUUCUAUGAAACGGGAAACAAACAAAAAAAACGAAAAAAAAAGAAAAAAAAUGUGGCGUGCAAAUCGUCCGAGAGAAGUACACACACACACAUUUCGCUGCAGGAUAAAUUCAUUGAAAUGUCUGCGCCUUUAAUGUUACACUUUUGCGCACCAAUUAAGAGCACUUGAGUGAAAAUGAUAUAUACCAUUCGACUCAGAAUUUCACGAUGAACAAAAUGAUUAUAAAUUCAUCCCUUGUUUCGAGCGAUUUCCAAUUUUUCGGUUUUUGAGAAAUGUGAAUGUUUAUAGUGAACUUCACUCAGUUACACUAUACCAUUCGAUAGAGUUUUUCCUGCUAAGAAAUAUCCAGUUAUCAGUUUUUGUUGAACGACUCGUAAAAGCUCAAAAUUUAGCCCGAAAUUGAGUAAAUGUUUUUUUUUCGCUUUUUCAGAAGCUUCUAAACAAAAGAAUGUGCAUGCAUGAUAAUCGAUCUCAUGAGAAGAUUGUAUAAAUCUUUCUGAUAUAUUAAACGGUGAUCUGUCUGUCGACCUACUUUUGUGCCCUAGAUUUAAAUUUAAAUAAUUUGACGUGAAUUGUUUUGCUCAUUUUCGAUUUUACAAAACGCGUUUGAAUUGCGGCAUUCAAUUUCUGCAUUAUUUUUUUGAAAUGUAGCAAAACAUGUGAGUUGUUUUAAAAAGGUAUCGUGCGAUUUAUCAUUUUUAUCUAUAAAAUUGAGCUAGAUUUGAAAAUCGGGCAUUCGCAGUGACUACGAAAUCACGAUUCAUCAGUUUUAUCCAUAAAAUCGAGCUAGAUUUAAAAAUCAGGAAUUCGUAGUGCCUACGAAACCACGAUUUAUCAUUUUUAUCUUUAAAUAGAAUGAAUGGAAGAAAACAUGUUCAAAAAACUCUACUGUGAAGGAGGACUUGAUGAUUUAUCAAUAAUUGGUACAUUAUGGAUCCAUCACCCAUCAUCAAUCCAUUUUGAAUCAAUCAACAAUCAGCUCAAUCAGCUGAGUAUUAAUCUGAGUCCCAUCAUGGGUACAUCACCCCUGAUUGAUGUCAGAUGGAUCUUAUAUGGACCCUUGAUGUAACCGAAAUGGGUCGAUUAUGGAUGAUGGAUCCAUAAUGUAUCCAUUAUGUAUCCAUAUGAAUUUGCCUGUGGUUUGGGCUCAAAAUGCUCCAAAUCUCAUUAGGAGCAUCAAAAAUAGCCUUCUGAUGGCUCAAAAUGCUCCAAAUUCCCCCCGGAGCCCAAAAACCGCCCUUGUUUGGACUCAAAAUGCUCCAAAUUCAAAUUCAACACCAAAAAUUGCUCCCGAAAAACUUUAUUCAACGAAAAAUCGUCUUAAUUUGCUGGUGAAAUCGUGAGACAUGAGCAUUUUCCAGUUCCAACACAAUUUCCAGCCAAAAAUCCGAGAUCAAUGCAGAAAUUGCGACAGAAUAAUUGACUGGCUUUGUUGCCUGGAUCACAAGAUGGAGUUCCGAUAUCUCCAGAUUGGAAGGAAAUCGCGAUUAGAAGGCAGAAAAUUAGAUAUUUCAACAUUUUUUGAGUUUUUUUAUGGUUUCGGACAGCCUUUUUAUAUAUAGUUUAGAUUUGUUUGCUUUCCCAUAGAAAGAACAUGGGAAAAUUUGUUAUUUCAGCUGGAAAAAGUUCGAAGUUUGAACUUAUUGAACUUUAGGCCCCCGAAACCCUAAAAACCCCAAAAAAUGUUCAAAUAUCUCAUUUUCUGCCUUCUAAUCGCAAUUUCCUUCCAAUGUGGAGAUAUCCUAACUCCAUCUUGUGAGAUUUUUGGCUGGAAAUUGUUUGGGAACUGGAAAAUUCUCAUGUCCAACUAUUUCAACAGCAAAUUAAGACGAUUUUUGAGGGAUAAAGUUUUUGCGAGCAUUUUUUGGUGUUGAAUUUGAAUUUGGAGCAUCUCGAGACCAAAUGAAGGCGAUUUUUGGGCUCCAGAGAAAAUUUGGAGCAUUUUGAGCCCGAACAAGCCUAUACUUAGGCUCCGCCCCCUUUUGCAACUUGCGGCAUGGUUUUUGGAGCAUUUUGAUCGUUUAUUCUCAAGCUCCGCCCAUUUUUCUGUGCCCUGCACGAGAUUUGGAGCAUUUUGAAACCAAAUAAGCCUGAGCUACGUUUUUUAGCCUCUAUCUUUAGGCUCCACCCAUUUUCGCAAUUUUGCGGCACGGUAUUUUUUGAGAGAAACAAACAUCUCACAAGAAAACCAUGCCGCAAAAUUGCAAAAAUCGGCGGAGCCUAAAGAUAGAGGCUGAAAAAGCGUAGCUCAGGCUUAUUUGGUUUCAAAAUGCUCCAAAUUUCGCGCAGGGCACAGAAAAAUGGGCGGAGCUUGAAAAUAGGCUCGAAAUGCUCCAAAAACCAUGCCGCAAGUUGCAAAAAGGGGCGGAGCCUAAAUAUAGGCUUAUUCGGGCUCAAAAUGCUCCAAAUCUCACUAGGAGCAUCAAAAAAGCCUUCUGAGGGCUCAAAAUGCUUCAAAAACCAUGCCGCAAGUUGCAAAAAGGGGCGGAGCCUACAUAUAGGCUUGUUUGGACUCAAAAUGCUCCAAAUCUCACUAGGAGCAUCAAAAAAGCCUUCUGAGGGCUCAAAAUGCUUCAAAAACCAUGCCGCAAGUUGCAAAAAGGGGCGGAGCCUAUAUAUAGGCUUGUUUGGGCUCAAAAUGCUCGGAUUUUUUGCAGAUCGAUCCAUCUGGCCGAAUUAUUCUGAUCGAAAACGGCGGUUGCCCGUGGAAAGAGCAUUUCUUCGAAAUUGAGGCCGAAAAAAAUAUCAGAGACGAUAAUAUCACAUAUAUUCUGUUUGGUGAUUCGACAGCAAACUCGUGGCGAGUUCAAGCAAUUCCCACUGAUAAAAAUGCGAGUUUUGAGAAUCGAUUACCUUUGCCAGCCAAUUGGAGAGGUUUGAGAGAUGAGGAAUUGAGCAAGGAAAGCGGAAUUGAUGGCGGUGUUUUUGUGCACAUUUCGGGUGAGAUUUUGAGGGAUUUUGAACCAAAAAUCGUGAAAAAUGGGCUAUUUUACAUGAAAAAUCAUAAAAUUUGGUUAAUUUUGCCCAGAAACUCAUUUUUAGCUCAAAAAUGCCAAAAAUUCGCAUUUUUCAGGUUUCAUCGGUGGAAAUUUGACAAAAGAAGGUGCGAUUUUGAUGGCACGAAAAGCUCUCGAAAUUGGAGCACAGGAACCCAAUGAGACGAAUGCCAAAAAGAUGAAAUUAGAUAAUUAA